AUGUUCAGGGUAGCAGUGACCGACUUUGUCAGAGCUAUGCGGUCGAUUGGUUCCGGUACCAUUUCUCACCGUUCAAAAUGGAACAGAGCGGAGGCUACUCGUAAGAAGCUGAUCGCGGAGGCAGCCCAACGUAAGAGAGCAAACAAGAAGAGGGAAGAUAAAACAUAUUCAGACAGCACGAAUCAGGUAUUGAGGGACAGAAAAAGGAUUCCCACGAUGACCUCGCCGGCGCCGCCAAAGAUCCCGGCGAUCAGCCGAGACAAUCCACCAACGACGCCGACGAACACUGAGGACAAGCCACCAACAAUCUCGCCGACGUCGCCAAUGAUCUCGCCGGCGAAGAGCCGAGACAAUCCACCAACGACGCCGGCGAACACUGAGGACAAGCCGCUAACGAUCUCGCCGGCGAAGAUCAUGGAUGCUUGUGACGGAGAAGAAAAGGACUAG